AUAAAAUUAAUUAUUAUAUCUACUUGUUUAAUUAUAAGCUUUAUUUUUAUACAAAUAAGUCACCCCUUAUCUAUAGGAUUAAUAUUAUUAAUUCAAACCUUUUUAACGUGCCUAUUAACAGGAAUCUAUGUGAAAACUUUUUGAUUUUCUUACAUUUUAUUUUUAAUUUUUUUAGGUGGAAUAUUAAUUUUAUUUAUUUAUGUUACUUCUUUAUCUUCAAAUGAAAUAUUUAAUAUAUCUUUCAGAUUAUCUUUAAUAAGAUUUAUAAUCUUUAUAUUUUUUAUAAUAAUUUUUUUAUUUUUAGAUAAAACUUUAAUCGAACAAUUUAUUACAAAUUUAGAAAUAGAAAAAAUUUUAAAUUUUAAUAAUUUAAUCAAUGAAAAUAUAUUAUCUUUAAAUAAAAUAUACAAUUUCCCAAUUAAUAUAAUUACUUUAUUAUUAAUUAAUUAUUUAUUUUUAACAUUAUUAGUAACAGUAAAAAUUACAAAAAAAUUUUACGGACCAUUACGACCUAUAAACUAA